UACAGACUACCGUGUAUCGACUACAACCUGUCGAAGCGCGAGAACCAUCGUCACUCUCCGUCAAACCUUGGAAUACUCGGAUGAGAGAAACAUUUUAUUCCAUAUUUCGAGAAAAGGGUUCGUUCGGUAAACUCAGUCGGUGACCUGUUAUGGAAAAGCGUUUCGUUCGCGGCAGCGAAGAGAUGUCGAAAAAGAGCCGUUACACUCUAGAGGAAGCUGUCACUGUACUCAAAUAUUCGGUAGCUCCGAUCGCUAGCUGGCCAUUGCCGAUUGACGAGAAACCGUCGGUUGUACUGAUGACGAAAAUUUGGUGGUGGGUGGCUAUAAUACAUCUCUCAGUUUCCAUAUUCGCAUGGUUUUACAACAUUUACCAAAACAGAAGCGAUAUCGACGUUGUCAUAAGAAUUACGUCGGAGCUGUUAGGAGUCGCGUCCGUUAUCGUGAAGAUGUUAACAGUCAGAUUGGAACACACUCGUCUUCAGGGUCUGGUGGGCGAGAUGCAUUCGUUUCUGAGAACCGGAACCCCGGAGGAACUGGAUCUGAUCCAACGCUACGUCGACGAACGUAUAGUGUCUCACGCUACCAUUUUCAUUUGCACCGUCCUCGGUCCGCUCGCGUUCAUCGUCGGACCUGCGGUGGUAGCUCAACCGCUUCCGCUGGAUGCCGCUUACCCAUUUUCCAUGGAAACGACUUGGAUUUGGGCGACUGUAUAUCUUUCGCAAACGAUAAUAGCCAUACAGAUAGGAUGCAUGGCGCAACUGAAUUUCUUGUACACGGUUUUACUCUGGUUCACCGGCGCAAGGCUCGAAAUGUUGUCAACCGAGUACCUGGACGCGGUGGACGAGGAAAAUUUCAAACGCUGCAUCAAAAAGCACCAGGAACUGAUCGAAUACUUCCACAGGGUGAAGGGGACCACGCGCAGCAUCGCCCCACACGCUUUUUCAAUAGCCAUAUUCGCGGUCACCUGCGGAGGUUUCAUAAUAAUGCGCAAUCCAUCGCUGUACGUGGCGGCAAAGUACUUUUUGUUCGUAGCCAUCGCUGGAAUGCAACUAUUUCUGUUCACCUGGCCAGCUGACAACCUGACCGUCAUGGGUAAGAGAGUGGGGGAUUCGGCCUACGGUUGUGCGUGGGUCGGCAAAUCCCAAGGGAUGCUCAAAGAUCUGACGAUCGUUUUGGGACGAUGUAAGAAUCCCUUGAUAAUCGCCGUCAGAGGAGUUUUUCCCGCUUUAUCGCUCGAAGUAUUCGGAGGAGUGAGUCCACUGUCGAAAAAUAAUGAAAUACCAGCCACCCUCGUCACUCGAUUUUUCAAUUCUAGGCUGUGGCUGCCAGUUUCUCGUACCUGACAACGUUACGAGCCCUCGCCGAAGGCUUGUAGGAAUGACAAGGAACGAGAUUCUCACCAUGGACCGAUUAAUUUCCUAGCCUCGAUAAAAAAGACAUCAAUAAAUGAUUACACGC